AUGGUGUUGAAAGUAGCUAAAAGUUCUCCAUCUCUUGUGGAUCUGAAAAGACCUGGAGGAAGAACGAGGAAGAAAAUCAUUAUUCCUAAGAAAAAAUACAUUGUCGCCUAUGAUGAAAUUGCUGCUUUCAAAAGGAGAGAAAAAACUGAAUACGAAGCUUUUGUUAACAAAGUUACAUCUGUAAUGCUCGAAGAAUUUGUAGAUUACCUGAAGAAGGAGAAAUGUGCCAAGAAAAUAGUUAUGAAGAAAGAUAAAUGUGAUCUGAGUGAUAUUAGCCAGAUUAGUCUAGUUUCACCAGCUCCUUCAUGUUCUAUGAUUGAUGAUGAAAUGUCAUUUAAUUUAUCUUCCCAGUCUGAUGAAAAACAAAAUACUUCUGAUAAAAAGAAACACUCCAUUACAACAUCUACCAUCAAAUAUAACCAGGACCUGAAUGAAGUAAAAUUGAAAAACAAAAAUGAAAUAGGUGAAAAGGAACACCAGAAAGUAUUAGAACCUAAGAGGAAGAGUACUCAAGAAACAAGAAAGGUGAGUAUUUCAAAAGUGAAAAAGGAUAACGUACAACCAAAAAUAAUUGAAGUAGUAGAACAACCUGUCUCAGAAGAAAUCAAAGAUAAAAAAAUUAUAGAAGACAAAAUCGAAUUGACAGAAACUAAAGUUGAGCCAACAAUGGAACCUAGUCUUUUUGAUUCUGAUUCACUUGAUGUUAAUGUGGAUGCAUUAUUUAAAAAUGGAAACAGAUACCAAGGACGCCUUUCUUGUUAUUUGAUGGAAGGAGAGGCAACUUAUAGUUGGAGUGAUGGAACAACUUAUAAGGGAACAUUUAAAGAUGGAGUAGCAGAAGGAUUGGGACUUAUCACAUGGCCAGACGGAAGCUGGUAUGAUGGAGAAAUAAAACGUAAUCGUAGACAUGGGAAGGGAGUAAGUGUAAUGAGGGUAAAUGGAGAGGCAAAAAUGUGUUAUUUUGGAAAUUGGAAAACUGGAAGAACCAAUGGAAAGGGUAUGCUCAUAUAUGGUAAAGGCAACUGGUAUGAUGGCUGUUGGAAAAAUGGUAUUCAUGAUGGUUUUGGUUUAAGGCAGUAUCCAUCAGGAUCACAAUACCUGGGUGAAUGGAAAAAAGGACAAGAACAUGGAUGGGGAACAAUGAUAUGGGCUAAUCGAGAUGUAUACACUGGAUAUUGGAAAAAAGGAAAAAUGGAAGGCAAAGGAACAUAUGUAUGGAGAUGUGUCAAAGGCAACGGCUUUGUUCAUCCAAUGCAAAAUACGUUCAUUGGGAAUUGGAAGAAGGGGCAGCGUCAUGGUAAUGGAAGCCUUCUUCUUGCUAAUGGUGCUAUGAUUCAUACUGUUUGGGUUAAGGGGAUCAAAGAAGGACCUGGCCAGAUUAUUUGUAAAAAUGGUAUGGUGAUACAAUCAUCACAUCUAUUUAAGAAUGACAAAGUUUAUAAACUGGAUUUUCCAAUCAUGAUACCAUUUUGGAACACAUGGUACUGUCAGUUUUUAAGCAGUUAUAGGAGUGGAUUAUUUUAUGUGCAGCAGUUGGAAGGAAAUUUGGAAGAUACCGAAGAAAAUUUUAUUGUGCCCCAAGAAACUCCAGAAAAACACAAUAUCUGCUCAAAUAAUAUUCCCAUAUUUGCUCCCAUUGAAUCAAUGCCUUUAUGGGAUAUAGUAAUGAAGACAGUUUGCCAGCCAAUUCCAGAUCUUAAUGGUGAAAUUAGUUAUAUCAUUAGACCAGAGGAUGUAGAACUGCUGAGCACAGAAGAAAUGUGGUUGAGAAAAGUAAUCACAAACAGGAUGGCUGAUAUAAGCUGCAUAUAUCAGCACUAUGCUACUAUUGCUUGUGAGAAGAAGCCAAGAUUUAAGGCUUGCAUGUUUAGAAUUAUGCUAUGGCAAAUGUGUAGAGAUUGUGGUGUUGAUCAGACUUCUUUCAGUUUAUGCGAACUUGACCGUGAAGCAGGCUGUGAUAGUUACCCAUUUGCAAUUGUGCUUGUUUUUCAAAUGAUCCACUAUCUUCUAAUUCUGGCGCAUGAAUUAUGUGUUAAAAAAAGGUUGGCCAAUGAAUCCAUACCAGGAAAAUGGGGAGGUGCAUUUGACUACUUCCUCACAAAUUAUGCUUUACCUGGAAUGCAAAAAACUUCCCAAAUUCCAGAGCUGUGUAACACAAUUCCUCUGAGAAAUAUUCUUUCUCUCUAUGAAGAUAUUGGAGUACCAGUGACAGCAGCAAAAGUUUUAAAUCAUCUUUUGUCUAAAAAAAAGGUUGACCUGAAAAAAUCUAAAAACAUAAUCAAUGGUCAGAUUUAUGGACAAAACAAAGUUUAUCCAGACGGCAGAAUUAUAUUUGAAGAAGUAGGUGGAACACUAUUAGGAACUGUUUUUGAUUUUCAAGAUUCUGAUGAAAAAUAUUUAGGUUUUGAUGAAAUUAAAUUAUUGGGAAGAAGAGAACUUUCACGGAAUUUAUUAAAUGUUUGCCCAAAAGUGAAGGUUGGAAAUAUUCCUAAGACUUCAUAUGAGGUAUCAUUUUUGGAAUUCUGUGAGUUUAUUAAAGUAUGCCUCCAGAAAUAUAAUGCCAUAAUUGAUCCUGAUACGGAAGUAUCAAUUGUAGCAAAGCUAGCUAAGUGUGAUCACUGCAAUAGAUAUGUAGAAGUUGAAAGACAUUUUGAAUUAGAACAAAGAACAGAAAUUACAAAUGAAAGCGAAGAAGAAGAACAACUAACAAAUUCUCCUAGUUCUGAUACAAAUGAAGAAACUAAUAAACCAGAUUUAAAUCAUAAUAUUUUCAAUGAAAAUCACCAGGAUAUUUCAGCCAAAGGCCCUGUUCCUGUCUAUAAAAAAAAAACUAAAGGCAUUCGAUCAAAUUUGAAACAAAAUGAUGGUUGCCCUUGUAAAGACAGCGAAUUUGUUUCCAUCAAUGACAAUUCUAUUACGAAAAUAUGUAAUUGUGAAGAGACUUGUGAUUGUUCCUGUCACAACUUAAAAGAAGCUAAAGAGAGCGAAAGUUUUGAAAUUAUAGAAAAACAUGAUAGUACGAGCACUGAAAGCAGCAUCCCCGCCACUGGUAGGAAGUUCAAAGAUGCUAAAGCUAUUACAAUUUCGGCUUGUGAUUCUGAUUGUCAGUGUUUCUGUCAUGAAAUACCAGAAUUAGAUGAUGAAAAAAGAUUCAAGAACAGUAAUUUUAAAUCGAGAAUAUGGGAUAAAGAAAAGGUGAAUGAAGAUUUAUUUGAAGAUGCUGUGAGUAGUAUUAAAAUAUCUGAUGCAAUUAACUAUCUUUGCGGUAGAACUAAUGAUGAAGAGGAAGCAGUUGACGAGGAUAAUUCAGAAAUGAAUCUUGAAGACUUUAGUGAAGAGUCUUCAGAUGUGGAAUUGGAAGAAAUAGGAGAUGGAUUGUUUGAAGAAGAAUUGUCAGAUGAAGACAAUAUAUUAGCUGGAGAAGAUUUUAUAGAGACCACAAAACAAUUUUUGUCAGAUCUGGACAAGAUUAAGAAUCUCAAAAGUAACACGAAUAUGAAAAAGGUCUAUGAAAAAUUAUUACAGUUCAAUUGCCCAACAUUCAAAAUAAAUUAUAGUGAAUUUUUUAAAAAUAUAAAUACAAAAGGAAUGACUCCUGAAGAACUAAAGCUUAGAUUAGGACUCGAAGGUGAGGAAGAUCUUCUUGAGGAACAAGAAGUUGAAGAUAUUGAAAAAGAACUUAUUAAUGAGUCCUUAAAAGUUAUAAAGUUAGUAGCGAAACAAAGGCUGUAUGAAAAACUUCUAAUGGAACAAUUCAAAAAAACCAUAUCACAAACAGAAACUGGUGAGUAUUGGGAACAUUUUGUUCAAAGCCAUGAUUGCAACUGUAUUUGUAAAAAAUGUCUAGUUGGAGAUUGUGUUAAGAAAAAGAAGAUAAAAUUUGUUGUAAAAGAUAUGGAAUAUGACUUAUCUUCUGAUUCAUCUGUUUCAAUAAUAUAG